AGGUCUCUGCAGUGUUUGUGGAGGACAUGUGUCCCUUGUUUCGACACUACACUCUGCAUAGUAUUUUUGCUCGCCACCACCUCCACGAUGACGAGACAGGCAGCUUCACUCAUAGUGCCCUCAUUUCCCUACUCCUUCAAAACGUAUUGGAAUUAUCCUGCAACUUUAUAAAGACCAGCUACCCUGAGAGUGAGGAGUGGUCCAGAUUUAAUUGUACCAUGGGAUCUAUGGCUCAGUUCUGCUUCAGCCUGGACACACAUCAAGAGCUCUCCAGUCUGCUGCUAACAGGGGCAGCCAGCGAAGGUAACCCCAACCCUGAUGCACGGAGAGUUCAGUCGUGGCUGAGGAAGGCUGUUCCUGGGAGAGAGCCAACACCAGGAGUCCUCCAGAACCUGUUUCCCCUUCUGCAUAACUUGUUUUCCAAGUGUGACCUCCCAGCCGAUGCCACUGCAGAGCAGAUAACUUGCAUGCCAUUCGUCAACCAAUCUGGAAUGUGACUGAAUUACGGAAUGACUGAGUUCUAGGCUUAACCAGUUUUUUUGUAGCGAACGUUUAGUUUCAAUAAGACAUUGUAUAGCUUCC